AUGGCGGGCACCGGCACCGGCCUCAGCCCCGCAGCCGCAGCUUCCGGCGCGCCCGCCCGCCGUCACCAUAGCGACGCUUCCGCUUCCGGUCAUGUGACGUGGAUCGCCAUGGAGGAGGUGCAGAGGCGCGCCUUGCGGCGCGGCCGGGUGCGGCUGGUGGAGGGGCUGCGGCCCGAGGCGCUUUGGGGGCCGCUGGAGGCCCGAGGGGUUUUCACCAGCGCUAUGGUGGAGGAUAUGCAGAGUGCUGGCACCCGAAGGGAACAAGCACGACAGCUGGUCAUAGACCUGGAGACCCGUGGGAAGCAGGCCUUCCCAAUAUUCCUCUCCAUCCUGAGGGACACCGGGCACGAUGACCUGGCUGACAUGCUGGAGGACGGGUGUGGAAGCCCCAUCUCCCCACCUGUGGACCUGAGGCCUGUGCAGCUGGAGCUGCCUGGAGAAAGGCGUGACAAAAUGGUGUAGCUGCAAGCUGUGGUCCUUAAGGGGAACCAGAGCAGUUGAAUUCUAAUGUGCAAUUGGAAGGGGCAGAAGGAGAGAGAUGACUUUGCCAUGCCAUGACAGGUGUGAGCACUGCGGAACGCUUCUCCAUCCCAGUCCAAGGUGAGA